AUGGAGAACCACACAGCCGAAUCCUGCACCUGGGCCGACUCAACCAGUCCGGCCAGUAACCGCACAACCACGAGCUGGACCAGCGCCCACACCUGUGCCAGCGCCAGCUCGACUCCAGCAACCGGCCAUGCAAUCACCGCGUACCCUCCGGGACAACCUGCUAGACCCCAGCUUCGACUACGGUUUUCGACCAUUCCCGAGACCGCUACAUACGAGCUCUUUCGAGCAAUGUGCCCACAUGAGGCCGCCACUGGACUGAAGCUGAUAGCUCCGGACAAAUACGCGCAACUUCUUGCGGAGCAGCAGCAGCAGGACAGGAACAACAACCUGGAGCCUAACGUCAAACACGAAGACGAGGGAUAA